UUUCCGGUGUGGAGCGAGGAGCUGAGUUUUUGUCCGGGACGCGAUCGGCGGUGGUCGAGCUUACGCGCUCUCGCCUGGUGUGACCUCUUGCCAGAGUCCGAUUGACUGACGAGUGACUAUGCCUAAUAUCAAAAAGUCGACAGGAAAAAGAGGCCCAAGAAAACGGAAACUUGCAGAAGAAUUUCCUCCUGGAGAGGUUUUUACUGACCUUUUAAAGAAAAAAUGGAAGCUUGGUCCAGUUAUAGGCAAAGGUGGUUUUGGCUGUCUGUACCUUGCUGAUGUUAAUUCAUCUGAAUCAGUUACCAGUGAUGCACCCUAUGUUAUAAAAGUGGAGCCCAGUGACAAUGGACCACUCUUUACUGAGUUAAGUUUCUACAUGCGAGCUGCUAAACCAGAACUAAUUAAAAAAUGGAUUUCUUCUCAUAAACUGAAAUAUUUAGGCGUACCAAAAUAUUGGGGUUCUGGUUUGCAUCAAAAGAAUGGCAAAAGUUAUAGAUUUAUGGUGAUGGACAGAUUAGGGAAAGAUCUUCAGAAGAUAUUUGAAGAACAAGGAAAGCAGUUUUCACACAAAACAGUGUUACAGUUGGGACUGAGAAUACUGGAUGUUCUGGAAUAUGUUCAUGAACAUGAAUAUGUGCAUGGAGACAUCAAGGCCUCAAAUCUUCUCCUGGGCCACAAGAUUCCAAAUCAGGUAUACUUGGUAGAUUAUGGCCUUGCUUUUCGAUACUCUCCAGAAGGCAAUCACAAGGAUUACAAAGAAAACCCCAAACGAUGUCAUGAUGGAACUCUUGAAUUUACUAGUAUUGAUGCACACAAGGGAGUGGCUCCCUCAAGACGUGGUGACUUGGAAAUUUUGGGUUAUUGUAUGAUCUGCUGGCUUAGCGGUAGUCUGCCUUGGGAUGAUAAUCUGAAAAAUCCAGAUUAUGUCAAAGAAUCAAAAAUUAGGUAUACAGAUAAUAUUUCAGAAUUCAUGAUUAAGUGUUUCACUAAAGAAAAUAAACCAGUUGAAAUAGCCAGGUAUAUGGAAAAAGUGAUGACUCUGUCCUACACUGAAAAACCACCAUAUCACGAGUUACGAGAAAUCUUUCUUAAAGGUCUGCAAGACAUUGGUCACAAAGAUGAUGACAUACUGGAUUUUGAAGUUUCAUUGAAUGGUGAUGUUCCGACAAAGCCUAAGACAAAAAGAAAAUUAGUUGCUGCAUCAGGGACAGCUACUGCUGAUGAGGACAAUGCCGAAAUAGCUGUUGACGGUGUGAAAAAUACCAAAAGAAGAAAACCUGCAUCACCGAAGAUUGGAGCCACCAAACCCAAAUUACAGAAGAUCUCACCCAAAACCAAGACAAACUUGAAACCAAGGAAGAGAGUUCAGAAGCUAAAAAAUCCAGAAUAACCUGAGUUUCCUACUUGCACUGAGUAGUGGGUUCUUGUUAUUUUUUCCUUUGAAUUUUACUUAUUACAGUAGCACUUGGCUUUCUCCCCUUUUGUAUCUGUUUAUGUUUAAACAUACAUAAACUUGCAAUAUACUGCUAGCUUGAAGAAAUAAAAGUUUUUAAAUCUUAUAUGCAGAACGUACCGUUUAGUAUGAUUUUACAAAUGUUUCAGAGUAUUUUGGCAUUUCUUUGCACAUUCUUGCAUUUAGUUACUUUGUAUAAACUUGAAUAAAAAGGAAAUAAUGUCUGUGCAAAAUAAAUCUUGAAAA